AUGUUAGCUAUAGGCAAGACCUGCCUGAAGGUGGUCUUCUGCCCCGUUAAAGAAGCCCUGGAGGUGGACUGGAGCAGUGAGAAAGCAAAGGCUGCUCUGAAGCGCACGACCUCAGACUACUUUCUCCUUCAAGUGCUCCUGAAGUUCCGCACAGAUAAAGGAAGAGAUCCAAGUUCUGAUACAUAUGGAGAAGAUUCCGAGUUGUUGCUCCAGAUACGAAACGAUGUGCUUGACUCACUGGGUGUUAGUCCUGACCUGCUUCCUGAGGACUUCGUCAGGUACUGCUUCUCUGAGAUGGCCCCAGUGUGUGCAGUGGUUGGAGGAAUUUUGGCACAGGAAAUUGUGAAGGCCCUGUCUCAGCGAGACCCUCCUCACAACAACUUCUUCUUCUUCGAUGGCAUGAAGGGGAAUGGGAUUGUGGAAUGCCUUGGCCCCAAGUGAACCCAAUACUUGGCAGCCCCAGAGAUGCUGAUUGCAGCAUGCCCGCCUGUAUUCCCUGUCCCCUUCCUUCAUGAAGGCAUCUCCAGGCAAGGAAAACUGAAGUCACUGGCCCAAUACAAAACAUUUCCUGUGACAAAGGAGGUCGUGCUGACAUGCUGCUUCCCAUCACCAGCAGCUGCUCAGCAAGGGGCAAAGGGUGGCUGUCUUUGUUCCAGCACUGUUCAGGUUGCCUGCCAUUCCAGGCAUGCCAGCUCCCCUGAGUGAUGAGCACUUCCAAGCACCCCUCUGCCCCUUCUCUGUCCUUGUGCCAUCACAGCCUCACCAGCCCUCUGGGGUAUUGUGGGAGAUGCCUGCCAGGAACAAGCAAGCCCUAUCGCUUAGGAGCCUCUUGCCACCUUCUUGGACUUACUGCCCGCCUGAUGUCAUACAGAGAGGAGCAUGACUUCAGGUGGGGAGUAGGCCCAAGCCCAGUGAGCCACCAGUGGAAGCACUACUCCAAGUUCAGACAGGUUCCCUUAGAGAGGAGAACCAUGACAGGCAAAUUUCCUCUGGAGUUUGAGACGCUGACAAACAACAGGUGGUAUCUGGUGUGCUGUUCUUGAGUUUUUGUUUAGGAUUAGUUGAGUUCCAGCUGGGUUUUGGGAGAAAGGAGAUAUUACCAAGCCUUGGAUAUUAGGGCAAGACCCUGCAAGUUGAGUAUUAGUAGGAGAGCUUGUCUUCCAAGGCAAGUUCCUGGGGCUUCCGCGCUAGGAGGGAGGUGCCUCCCCUUUCACAGAACACCAGUCACCCAUGCAGCAGAGGCUGCUGCAUUUCAGAGUAGUCCUGGUCCUUUGUUUACCUUCUGAACCACAGCUGUUUGUGUUUCACAUGUGUUCUGAAUUGUCCUUGGUUCUUUUUAAAGGAAUGAUAAUAAAGUUACUUGCUUUAGGA